UCAGAAGGUAAACCCACCCAACACACACAAAUUAACACCUCCUGCGGCGAUAAACCCCGAAACCCCCUCAUCCUCCUCCGCCGCCGCCGAGAUGAUGGUUCCGCUGGAUCCCUCCGCGAAGCCCACCUCCCAGCGCCGCAUCGCCGAGGGGGACACCGUCGUGGUGUACGAGCGCCACGAUGCGAUGCGCGCCGUCGCCGUGCGCGCGGGGGCCGUGCUCCAGAACCGCUUCGGCGUCUUCCGCCACGACGACUGGAUCGGCCGCCCCUUCGGCUGCAAGGUCCACAGCGCUGCCGCCGGCGGAGGGGGGCGCAAGGGCGGCGGGAAGGGCGGGGGGUUCGUCCACCUCCUCGCGCCCACCCCGGAGCUGUGGACGCUCGUGCUCAGCCACCGGACGCAGAUCCUCUACAUCGCCGACAUCAGCCUCGUCGUCGCCUACCUCGAGCUCGUCCCCGGGUGCGUCGUGCUCGAGUCCGGCACCGGGAGCGGCUCGCUCACCACGUCGCUGGCCCGCGCGGUGGCCCCGCACGGCCGCGUCUGCACCUUCGAUUUCCACGAGCAGAGGGCGGCCUCGGCUAGGGAAGAUUUUGAGAAGAAUGGCCUAACCAGCCUAAUCACAGUGGCAGUUAGAGACAUACAAGGACAAGGUUUCCCUGAGGAACACACUGGUGCUGCUGAUGCUGUGUUCUUGGACUUGCCCCAGCCUUGGCUUGCAAUACCUUCUGCGGGGACUAUGCUAAAGCAAGAUGGAGUUUUAUGUUCCUUUUCACCUUGCAUUGAGCAAGUCCAGAGGGCUUGCGAAGCUAUGCGGUCAUGUUUCACAGAUAUUAGAACCUAUGAAAUUCUUCUUCGCACCUAUGAAGUACGAGAAGGUGCUUUGAAGGGUGCUACGACCAAUGAAGAAUCUAAUGCAGGGCCUCUUCCUCAGAAAAGAAGAAAACUUGUAGCUCCUGCUGAAACUUUAGAUGAUAUACAGAAUUCAUCUUGUGUUAUGGUUAGGCCUUGUAGCACUGCUAGAGGACACACUGGCUACCUGACAUUUGCAAGGCUUCGUGUGCAUGGAGGCUAAACUGAUCCUCCAUACAGUUUGAUAUGGAAACUUGAUAAGGAAACCACACCUUGAUAAUAGAAGAAAAUGGAAUAUGCAACCCAUGUUCAGGUAUGAUUCUCUCAAGAUUGAUUUGGAGAUGUUAUGGCCACAUGUGGCCAUUGCUGAUAAUGAAUCAGGAGCACUUGUACUGAACUACAUCCAUCUUGUACGUCAAGCUGUGGGCCUUCUGUUUUGCUGUUUGUAAUGGUGAACUUUUGAGAGAAGUAUUUUUCGUAGGUUUUUUUCACGACAUUCUUGAGGUGAUAUUGGGCGUUAUGACAUGUAAUACCUAAGCUUCAGAUUGGGGUCUUAACCCAGCCAUCACAUGUUUGGACCUCGUGUUUUGACAGGAUACCGGUAGUGUAUGAUUUGUUAUUGUUUGAUUGAUCACCACUGG